UAGGCCCGGGCGCCUAUGGCCUCUCCAGUGGCAGACGCAUCCCGCCGGCGGCGGGAGAAGCGCAGGCAGCUGGACGCGCGCCGCAGCAAGUGCCGCAUCCGCUUGGGCGGCCACAUGGAACAGUGGUGUCUCCUCAAGGAGCGGCUAGGGUUCUCCCUGCACUCACAGCUCGCCAAGUUCCUGUUGGACCGGUACACUUCUUCAGGCUGUGUCCUCUGUGCAGGUCCGGAGCCUGUGCCUCAGAAGGGUCUGCAGUACCUUGUGCUCCUGUCUCAUACACACAGCCGGGAAUGCAGCCUAGUGCCUGGGCUCCGGGGGCCUGGAGGUGGAGACAGGGAGCUUGUGUGGGAGUGCUCAGCAGGCCACACGUUCUCCUGGGAACCUUCUUUGAUUCCUACACCUUCCGAUGUGCCUAAGCAGGCCCCUCUCACAUAUACUACGGAGAGAACCUGGUGCUCAGAGGCCAGGAGGAAGCAGGAAGCUGAAGGCUUGGAAUGUGAGCAGCGAGAGAGGGCUCAAGAAACCAGGCUGUCCAGGAGAGUAGACUCUCCAUUGGAGACAGACCCACCCCUGGGAGAGGAUCAGGAUGUGGAGGAGGAGGAGGAGGAGGAAGAAGAAGAGCUGCUCAGUGAUGCCAGCCCAUGGACCUACAGCUCCUCCCCAGAUGACAGUGAACCAGAUGUCCCUAGGCCACCUCCAUCCCCUGUUACCCACACACCUAAGGAGGGAGAGAUUCCGCCAGUCCCUGCAACUCUGCCCACUCCCUGUACUGUUCUUGCCUCUCUGGGUUCUCCAGCUGCUCUGACAUCUGAUACUGAGGUGCGGCUGGAACUCAGCAGGACCCCUCAGGUGUCUGCAGAGCUGCAAAUGACUGAGUCUCUGGACAGCCCUGGGAGUCAGGCCCAGUCUGCUCCGAAUCCGACUUGGGAUGAGGAUACUGCCCAGAUUGGGCUCAGGAGAAUUAGGAAAGCUGCCAAAAGAGAGCUGAUGCCCUGCGACUUCCCUGGCUGUGGAAGGAUCUUCUCCAACAGGCAGUAUUUGAAUCACCACAAGAAGUACCAGCAUAUCCACCAGAAGUCGUUCUGCUGCCCUGAGCCAGCUUGUGGGAAGUCCUUCAACUUUAAAAAGCACCUGAAGGAGCAUGUGAAACUACACAGUGAUACCAGGGACUACAUCUGUGAAUUCUGUGCUCGAUCUUUCCGCACUAGCAGCAACCUUGUCAUCCACAGACGAAUCCACACAGGAGAGAAGCCCCUGCAGUGUGAGAUAUGUGGAUUUACUUGCCGCCAGAAGGCCUCCCUAAAUUGGCACCGACGCAAGCAUGCAGAGACUGCAGCUGCCCUGCGAUUCCCCUGUGAAUUCUGUGGCAAACGCUUUGAGAAGCCAGACAGUGUGGUAGCUCACUGUAGCAAAAGCCACCCAGCCCUACUUCCAGCACAAGAGUCACCUGGCUCUUUGGGGUCUAGUCCCAGCAUUUCUGCCCCUGAACCCCUGCAAUCUCCUGAGAGGGCUAGCUUCUCUACCUCUUCUGACUCUAAUCCUGCCCCCUCGACAUCCAUCUCUUCACCGGGGGUGCCAGAUCCCAGGAACACAGAGAAGAGUUAGGUGGUGGUUCCCAGGAAGUAGAAUAUUUGAGUGCAGUUGAGGGUAGGGCAUCAUAGGGCUCCAGAUGCCAGGCUUUAGCCUUCAAGGAAAUAAUAAAUGGUAUUUUACACAAGUGUAUACUUUGGUUCUACAGUUAUAAGAAUCUGGGAGUCUUUUGAAAACAGGCUAUUAGUAUAUGUCAGAAUGCAUCACAAGCUGACCCCACUUACAUGCCCAACUUCUAGACUCUUUACAGACCUUCCCUGUAGAGUGUUAACAUCUGCCUUGGCCUAGGGGCACACUAGACCAGGAAGCAGAUGACCCUGUCCUGUCUAGCAUUUGCCUCUGGUUAGGCCCUGCAGUCUGGCCUUCUGGUAUAGAACUAAGCCUCCCAGGGAAAAUAGCUAGUUAGUCUACAAUGGAUGGAUUUUUGAGAGGUAACUGGAUUGUGGAUCAUGACUUGUCAACGGGUUAAUCCUUUGAUAGGUUCAUAGCUGAAGGCUAUUAGGCAGUGAGGCCACAGUCUCUGGAAAGUACUUUUGAAGAGUAAUCUUCCCUGUAUCCUUCCCAUAUGUCCUUUCUCCAGUGUAGGUAGCUUAUGUCUUUCUGAUUUGGUUCAGGCUCAAAGUGGAGCCAGUUGAAAACGGAGUGACAAUACUGAAACCAUGAGCCAAAAUAAACCUUUAAGUUGA